AUGAAGCCCUUUUGCUGCCCGCAAUGUGGAAAAUGCUUUGUUUGGAGAGGAGACCUUCUUAGACACCAGAGAAGUCACAACGGAGUGAGGCCCUAUUCAUGCUCGGAGUGUGGGAAAUGGUUUUACUCGGAAAGAGAUCUUCUUAGACACCAGAGAACUCACACGGGGCGAGCGUCCAUUUUCCUGUUUGGGACUGUGGGAAAAAAGUUUCACGCAGAAAGCGAGUCUCAUUCUGCACGAGCGGCUUCACACGGAGUGCGGCCAUAUUUCUUGUUCGGAGUGCGGGACAAAGUUUCACUCAAAAAGGAGACCUUCUUACACACCAGAGCAGCCAUAUGGUCGAGCGUCCCUUUUCUGUGCAGAAUGUGGAGGAAGAGUUCAAGAAGAAAUCUGAACUUGUCCUACACCAGAGAUUCCACACCGGGGAGGGGACUUUGCAUGCUCUGUGUGUGGGAAAUUCAUUCACAAGAAAUACAAACUUGUUAA